UAUGUACAAAUGGCAAACUUACAAACGCUCAUGCGCAGUUCGCCGGAUGACAGGAACAAAAGAUCAUCUCGAUUUGUCCGGCCUCUCUGCGUGCCGGAUCUAUAUGUUCUACAAUGGGAACAAGACAGGACCGGCGCUGACUGAUGAUGGAUGAUAUGGCUGCGCCUUGCUCUAAAAUCCGACACGCUCAUCCCGCCGCCACAGCCAUUUUCACCACCACCGCCAUUGACGACAAGACCAACUCCAUUUAUUCUCUUCCAAAACGGUUGUCAUGAUUGGAGAGAAAAAGAAUUUCACCCCUGGAACCUCGACAAACUUUUUUUUCUCCUGUUUUCAAUUGAGCCAACCCCGAGUCCGCGUCAUCAACAUGUGCAGAGAAGUGCGGCAUGCCGCUGCACUUUUGACGCAGAGUUUACACACUCUCUCUCAGGGCAUUGGACGGUGGCAUCGUGUCUGCCAUUACAGGCCACAAGGUACCCCCGAGAUAUGUACCCAAAAAACAUGUUACGAUGGCUGGGGGUUUCCGGGUGCGGUGCCCUUGGUUCCCUUCGGCUCGCACCGCACACUCAGCAGCUUCUCAGCAAGAAAAACAAAGGUCGGCAUUUUUCGUCAUUUUUUUUGAGGUCAUCUUCUCACAUUCACCCGCAUUCACGAGCGGCGGACAUGUUUCGUUGGUGGACAUGCAAGUUGCAGUGCAUCUUGCAAGUGUCGGUUUCAGACUUGCCUGGACCCGCCGUUAGUGCUAGCCCUUACCCCGUACUAACCACGAACUACCCGUAGACUACGGCCUAGCCUGGGGAGCUACUGCGGCCUAGUCUUGUCUAGCUGCUACGGGGGUGGA